AUGGCUCUCUCUUGUCACCGGAAUGUGUGCACGCACCUCUUUCGCGGCAGCGCACGGCGAUGUGACAUUUUCGGUGCGGCGCUUUCUUCUGACUCGUGCAAAUUUUCCGCCGCUACGCAGCGCACUGCAUUGAUUUCGCAGCCAUUUUUGGCUCAUGAACGAGUCACGUGGAUCGCAGCCCGAUUGCGUGGCGGCGCCUUCAGUGAGCGUCUGGACCGCAGCUGUCACAUACGAGCACGGUCCAUGUGGGCAAAAGAUAAAAUACGGGACCCUGACACAAGAUUCAGCCUCCGCGUUGUGCCAUGCAAUUGCAUAUAUAAGAGUCCCUUCGUCCUGUUACCUCUAUCGAGCACCACCGCCGACACGCGUCAACCUCGUCCAGAAAGCUCUUCAUACGCCUCCAAUCGCAGCAUCCUCGCCAUGCCCCAACCACAACCCUUGCCCGGAGACCUGCACUCCAAACCAGCCCGUCCCGCUACCCUCAGCCAGUUCAUCACCUGCAACAUCAUGCCCUUCUUCAUCACCUUCAAACUCUACCUCUCCGGCCUCCCACCCGCCAUAUCUCAACAACUUCGACACUUUUCGCUCGUCAAUUUCAUCAAUCCGUUUCACUGGAAAGCGCUGAUCUUCGCCAAUGGGUUUCCGGUUGUUCUCAAAGUGUCCGAUAUUCUGUAUGCGAAUAUGAAGCAGCCUUUGCUUCGAAAGGCUUCCGGCAGAGUUCUGGAGAUCGGUGCUGGUGCAGGAGACAAUCUUGCCUACUACGACGCUUCAAAGAUCGAAAGACUGUUCGCACUGGAACCGUACGAACCACUGCGCGUGCAACUCGCUACCAAGGCACAGAAACUCGGCCUCGCCAGCAAAACCACCAUCAUCCCCGCAGGCCUCGACGAACCUUCCGCCCUCCUCAGCGCCGGCAUCCAACCCAACUCCAUCGACACAAUCGUCCUCUUCCAAGUCCUCUGCUCCAUCCCCUCUCCAAAAAAACACCUAUCCUACCUCCAGUCGCUCCUCAAACCAGGUGGUCAGAUCUUGCUCUUCGAACACGUCGCCAGCAAACAUACUCUGGCAAGAUCCAUUCAGAACCUCUGGACUCCCGUUUGGAGGUUCAACUUCGGAGGUUGUGAGUUGAACAGAGACUCCGGAGAGUGGUUGGAAAAGUUGGGGGGUUGGAAAGAGGUCGAGCUGCAAAGACCGGUGAUCGAGACGGAUGCGGAUCUGAUCCCGCAUGCUAUUGGAAGGUUGGUCAGGGCCUGA